UGUCAUGAUCACAAACACAUGGUCGCUUGAACUGACGUGUGCUGAGCAGACGAUAAACAAGUCAUUCUUAAAAAUGAAGUUUCACAUACAAUGAAGGAUGGAGUUAAACAAUAAUAUUAUCAAGCCAGCAAAACAAUGUAAAAAUAAUUGGAAAGUGAGAUUCAAACAUUCGAACAUACCGGCUGUCAUCGGGAUUCCUGUAGCAGCAGCAGUCGUGUGCUACAUCAACUCGUUGGAGGGUGACUUCCUUCAUGAUGAUAUGUUUGCUAUAAAAUCGAAUCGGGAUGCUAGAGGCGAAUCUUCCUUAUCUGAAGUGUUUUAUAAUGAUUUCUGGGGAAAAGCUAUGACGGAUAAAACCAGUCACAAGUCCUACAGACCGAUAACAGUAUUAACUUUCAGAUGGAACUACUAUCUUAGCAAUGGCAAUCCCUACAGCUUUCAUGUGACCAAUGUUUUACUCCAUGCCAUCAUGACGGGACUACUUGUUUAUACCUGCCUGGACAUAUUUCUCCUCCAACCUCGAGUAUGUCUAAUGACGGGAAUACAGUUCGCUGUUCACCCCAUACAUACUGAAGCAGUAGCAGGACUUGUUGGAAGAGCUGAUGUCCUGGCUGGGAUUUUCUUUUUUAUAUCAUUCAUUUUAUAUAUCAAGAGUCUAGAUGUGAGAUGGCAAAAGAGUUGUCUCCUCUUCCCAGAGGUACAGAGUUCAGUCCUCUUGUGUGGGAGCCUGGUGUCUGGAGGAGUGGCGAUGCUGUGUAAGGAGCAAGGCAUCACAGUCUUGGGGAUGAUUGCUCUGUACGAUAUCCUGGUCUGCUCAAGGUCAGGGGUGCUCAGGAUUUUAGAAGGAAGAAAGUUAUGUGAUGGAUGUGUACCACUUGUGAAAAGGACCGGACUUUUAUGUUCAGUGGGUGUAGGCCUCCUCCUGUUCCGAGUAUGGGUGAUGGAUGGACAGAUGCCAUUGUUCCAGCACCAAGACAAUCCAGCCUCAUUUUCACCACACCUUCUCACCAGGUGUCUGACAUACUCCUACUUAUGGAUGUACAAUGGCCUGCUCCUCCUGUUUCCCUCCACACUUUACUAUGAUUGGCAAGUCGGUAGCAUCCCAUUGGUUGAGAGCAUCUUUGACCUUCGUAACCUGACAACCAUCACUUUUUUUGCUUUGUUUGCUUUACUUACAUGGCAUUGGUGGAAGAAUUUUGAUACUCGGGCCACAUGUAAAUCAGAUGCUCACCUCGUCAGUCUUCUCCUACUGGUGCUGCCAUUCUUGCCUGCCUCUAAUCUCCUAUUCAGAGUUGGAUUUGUACUGGCCGAGAGGGUCCUCUAUAUCCCCAGUACUGGUUACUGUAUCCUGAUAUCCCAAGGGAUUCACCUACUGUUGGAGAGAUUUCCAACCAAGAGAUUCCACAUACUCACUAGCUGUACCCUCCUACUGCUGGUACUUGUGGGGAAAACUUGGAACCAGAAUUACACCUGGAUCUCUAGGGAGUCCCUGUUCAGAUCAGGAGUGAAGAUCUUGCCACACAAUGCUAAAGUUCACUAUAAUUAUGCUAAUUACCUCAAAGACAGAGGGUCACUGGCUGCUGCUACUGAUCACUACCAGGUGGCGCUAGACCUGUACCACGACAACCCCAGUGCCCAUAACAAUCUAGGGACCCUGCUGUCCAACAAAACCCAGGCUGAGUACCACUACAAACAGGCUCUGGCUCUGUGUGAAGAUCACAAGGGGGCUCAUGUCAACCUGGGAUCACUGUUAUUCAAUAGAGGGGAGAAAAAGCUUGGUAUCAGCCUCCUACAAAGAGCUCUGGAGAUUGACCCUAGCUAUGAGGAAGCCUUUAUAGCACUUGCUGGAAUGAUGGUAGAAACCAAGAACUGGACCGAGGCUGACCGACUCUUCCUGUCAGCAAUGGCCUACAACCCAGCGUCUGCUCAAGCCUACCAUAACUAUGGUACCUUUCUGCAUCGUAGAGGAGAGGAGAAAAAGGCACUAGAGUUUUAUCAACGAGCCCUUGAGGUGGACCCAGGCCACACGAUAUCAAUUGUGGAUACUGCCAGAUGUCUAAAGAACCAGGGCAAGCUUUCACAGGCAGAACACAGCCUAAAACAUGCCCUGAAAAUGAAAAAGGAAGAUUCUACACUGGACUUGCUUGGUGUGGUGUACUUUGAGAUGGGGCGUAGCAGUGAGGCGAUUCAUUUGUAUGAGGAUGUCCUGAAGGACAGCCCUAACAAUACAGAUCUCCUCUUCCAUUAUUCUCAGGUGCUGGCAAAGAACUUGAAGUUUGAGAAAUCAGAGGCUGCUCUACACCAGGCUAUACGCCUAUCACCAAACAGUAUAGAGAUCCUCACUCAGAUGUCCAAGAUCCUCGGACAGCAGGCCAGGCAUAAAGAGGCAUUGCCCUACCUUGACCAUGCUAUCACAGUAGCCCAGCGGACCAAUGACAGACUGGCCCUGGUGGACCUCUUCCUGCAACAUGGUGAUCAUAACAAAGACAUCCAGCAGUAUUCUCAAGCUGUCAAUAGUUUCAGUGAAGCAUUAAGACUAGGAGGAGAUAAUCCAAGUGUGCACCUCAACUUAGGAGCCCUACAUCAUAUACUGGGCCACCACAAAGAAGCUAAACAUCACUACUUGCGAGUUCUGUCCAUGGAUCCAAGUCACACGAUAGCCAAAGACAAUCUCCAAAAACUGGAACGCCUCCAAAGUCAGGAAAGAUCACGGUUGUGAAGGGAGAUAAUCCAUGUCCAAUUGCUCAAAACUAGUAUUAGCAUUAUUGUUGAACUGCCAUGGGGUGCAUGAAUAUUGUGCUUUAGAUUUUUAAUAAAUGAGACAAAAUAAAGCUGCUACCAUUUCCUGAUCUUCAAACCAUGCCAAAAAAAGUUAGUUUUUUUACCCUUGUACUGUUAAAAUGGUGACCAUAAAUUAAGUAUCUGAAAAGAUGAGUCUGUGAUCUGAAAUUAAAAACUUGCAGGAAUACACGUUUCAAAAUAUUUGUGUGUGUGUAUGUUCCUGUACUAAUCCUAAUGUUAUAAUGAAUACAUAUACAUGUAUAUAAAUGUUUUCCAUUUUGGUGCAUCUUUGACAAUUUUUAGCCAAUUUUUUUAAACAUAAUACAUAAACAAAUAGUGUGUAUGAGUUCACGAUUUAGUAUGUCAUGUGUCAGUUAUGAUUCAAUAAAAAUGCACAACUGUAACAUAAAGGAAAUCAUAUACAAUUCAGACAUCCAUUUUGUGUUGGUUUUGCCAAACGUUUCGUCAUUAUGACUUCGUAGUACACAACACCUUUUUUAUUGCCAAAAUUUUGCUGUAUUACUCGUGUCAUUAUAAUUCACAAGAUUUUAUUGUACAAUUCUGUCUAUCAAGAUAUAAAUUGGACAGGUUAAUAUUGCUGUUGUUCUUGCUUGCCUUACAAAUAGUUGUUUCCAAUCUUAUAAUAGCACCUUGUAAUCACAGCCUUAAGUCAAGGUUUAUUCUGUAAAAGAAAUACGUUAUUUUACAGGUGUACAUACAUUGUAUGUGCAACAACCAUACCCGGUAGCUCUUAUGUGUGAUGCUGUAAUGUUUCAGAAUAUCUGUCAGCAAUUGUGGUGUUAUGGUUGAAAGCCUUUCUUGUCAUGUUUACCGUCUCCAGAUGAAGUGUUGAUUCCUAUUUUACAAUGUAUCAGUUUUCUGUAAUGGAAUUGCUGCUUUCUUGUCUUGAAAUUACUUAAAAAGACAUGACUGUUUAUCCUAAGGAUACAUGUAAAUACUUGGAUAUUGCCGAUCAGCUGAUUAUUUAAAUGAUGCUGCUGUACAUAAAUGAUCAUUACAUUGGUUUGUCUUUAAAUGGGGUAGGACAUGUUUAAUUUUAUAAUUGAUAUUUAUUGUACUUAUAUCUUUAUAACAAUUAAAACUUGAAUAUAAAUAGAAAAAUUUAUUGCACUACUGAAAUAUUAUUUGAAUUACUUCUGUAUUAUUUACCGAUGCAGCAUGGUCUGAGUGAUCUGUUUAUAUAAUGUCUCGGCAAUGUGUUUGUAAUGUCUCUUAUUAAGAUACAAAGUGUUUUUUUAUGUACAAACACCUUUAUUAUUUCUGACUUUUUAUUUUAAUAAGUAAAGCUCCUUUUUUUAUUUUCAUAAAAUUAUCAUUAUGAAAGCGUUCAACAUUUACCUUUAGAUUUAUCGAUAUUACCAGUCCAUGUAAGUCACUAAACAUUCACUGAUAUCCCUAAUACAGUAUCUGUUAUGAAUUAUAUAUAUGUUUAAUGAGUUAGGAACAAGUGGCUACAUACUUUGUUUGUAGUACUUUUGUAUUAUACAAGUCCAUGGGGCUAUAAAAGCCCUAGAAUAAUUACAUGUAUAUUAAAAUUCACAUAUUCAAUAAUGAAAUUUUCAUAUAUUUUAUAUUUACAUUUUAUUCAUUGAUAUUCACACAUUCGCUAUUGUUAGUUGCACGUUAUUAUAUUGACAUUAAAAAAAAUCUAUAAUAUUUAUGGAUUUUAAAUUUAUGAUGAUCAUGUGAUACAUCAUUUCAUGAGUGAUAGUUUAAGGGCCAGUAACAAAAAGCUUUAAAAAACAAACUUUUUUUUUUUUUUUUCAAAAAUUCAUUCCAUAUGUACAUAAUAUAAUAUUGUACUACUGUAUUUGGGUCGUUUUAUCGCCAUCAUAAAUAUUGUUACAUUGGUAAAAGAAUGUGAUAGUCCAUAACUUUUAUUGUUUAAUUUCUUUUCUAAAUGUUAAUUCAAUAUGUAUAUAACAUACUUUGGUAAGAUUUUGACUAGCCCUUUUUUAUCAAAAAAAGAAAGUUGAUUUUUAAAAGCAGAGGCUAGAUACAUAGAAAACAAAAAUUGAAUGAUAAAGUGAUGACAAUAUUGUUGGUAUCUGUACCUACUUCAGUUGUAGAAUAGGUCAUUAUCAUUUUAUUAAUAUGUCAGAGUGUCAACUGAUGUAUACAAAAAGUUGUAUAAGAGAUCAUGUGCUUCCCAAAGUCAAAUUUUGCUUAUCAGAUAAAAUUGAUAGUGCAUUAAGUGAUGAUUCUAAUUUAAAGUAGGUGCUUUUAUGUAUAUCUCUAGUCAUUUUAAUUAUUUUAUGUAUAUGUAUAUACAUUUUGAUAUUUCAGUAUUCUAUAAUAUAUGUAGUGUAUAUAAUAUUGAUUAUUGUGAGAGGGUGACUGGUCUGUUUGUAUUUUAUUUUGGUAUGAUGUAAUGUGUGAUGAACCUUGUCUACACUGAAUCUUUUGUUCAGAUAAAACAGGAGUAUAAAGUUGGAUCUACCUGAAUGUCUCAGGCUAUUGCACAUUCAGGGUUUGGUUUAGACAGAUUACGUGAUGUCUUAAAAUAUACACUUUAUUAGCAUUAAAAUCUUAGUAAAAUUAUAAUUGGUAGAUCCCUUAAAAUGACCCCAGAUUGGGUUUUAUCUGUAUAUACCUGGUGACCCUUGGUUAGGUGUAUGUUUGAUCCUUGGCAUCCAAAGGUUAGGAAUAUGUACCCUAAGUUAGGCAUUUGUUUGACCCCUGCUGACCCCAGGUUACGCCCUUCAAAUAAAUAAUGUUAGCUGUUGGGAUGCUAUAUACCAAUAAAACCAAACUAAACCCAAGAUUACCGGUAGGUAUGUAUGUUUGACCUCAGUUAACCCCAGUUAGGUGUAUGUUUGACCUCAGCUCACCCAAGGUUAGGUGUAUGUUUGACCUCAGCUAACUUCAGGUUAGGUGUAUGUUUGACCUCAGCUAACUUCAGGUUAGGCACAUAUUUGACCUCAACCGACUUCAACUUAGGCUUAUUUCUUAUCUCAACUGCAUGACCCCUGAUGAGGCAUGUGUGCCCCCUGCUGACCCAAGGUUAGGCUUAUGUUUUGAUUCAUAGGACCUAAGCUUAAACACAAUUUAUGUUUAUUCAGAUAAAAAAUACUGAUAAUUCAUUACACUAUCCUAAAAUUGUAUGACAGGAUAUUACAACAUCAUAUUUUAAUUAAAUUUGACCCCUGGUGACCCUAGAGGUUAGGUAUAAGUUUGAUCUCUGAUGACCAAAAUUUAAAUGGCAUCUAAUUAAUUACCCGUAUUCACCCCGGGUGUUCUCAUAUAGAUGGUUUCUGAACAACUGUGGUAAAAUCAUGACAUGUCUGAAAUGAUAUGCCUUUAUAAGUUAUGCUUUUAUAAUAUCAGAAUAGAUGCUCAUUCCAUUAGGGAAUAUGUAUUAUUUAAGCUUGUUUCAUUAUGUUUUGAAAAUGCAUACAUACAUUUCGAAAAUGCCAAAGUGAAUAUGAAAACUAAAGUUGAUUAAGAUUUGUUUGUCUACACACAUUCAUAUUUACUUUCAUAUGUAUGCAUUAGGAUAUCAUAGGAACAUGCAUUUACAAUUUUUUGCAUGUACUGAUUUAAAAUGUUUGUGAGAAGUUCUGGUUGUGAUUUCAGAUAUCCCUGAAUAAUAAAUGAAAGUUGAAUUUUUCAAUAUGACUGUUAAUUGUUACUAUGAAACCUCACAUAUCUGAUGUAUCAGAUUUAUUACUACAUAUUUGUCUUUUAAAUAAAAAAUUAAUAAAAACUGAUUUAAAAAAGA